ACAAUCCCUCCGUAUCUGCUGGUCCUGAGUUUGAUCAUUAGGUGGAAUAAGCGAAGGCAAAGAAGCUGUGCUGCGAUAUAAAAUAAUGCGUGCUCCACUAUGCAUCUCCAUCGAUCUCAUCCAUAUAUGUUCAUUAAUUACUCGAUAAUCAGUUAAACAUUCAAUAACAUACAUAUUCAUGGAGGUUGAAAGAGUUCAGUGCUUGGCCUCCGGCCUGUUGAAGGAGCUUCCUGCUCAGUUCAUCCGCCCCGCCGAUGAACGGCCGGAGAAUACCAAAGCCGUUGAGGGCGUCACGGUGCCGGUUAUCUCCUUGUCCCUCCCUCAUGACCUCUUAGUCAAGCAGAUCGCCGACGCAGCCUCCGAGUGGGGAUUCUUCCUCGUCACCGAUCACGGAAUACCGCAGACUUUGAUCGGCCGGUUACAGGAAGUCGGCCAGCAGUUCUUCGCUCUUCCCCAGAAAGAGAAAGAGUCAUACGCUAAUGACCCCUCCACCGGCAGCUUCGAAGGGUACGGCACCAAGAUGACGAAGAAUCUGGAGGAGAAGGUUGAGUGGAUUGACUAUUACUUCCACAUGAUGGCUCCUCCUUCCAAGGUCAACUAUGAUAUGUGGCCCAAGAACCCUGCUUCUUACAGGGAAGUGACGGAAGAGUACAACAAAGAAUUGCUGGGUUUAACAGACAAGUUGCUGGAGAUUCUGUCAGAAGGGCUAGGGUUGGAGAAAAAGACGUUGAAAAGCAGCUUGGGAAACGAAAAGAUUGAAAUGGAAAUGAAAAUAAACAUGUAUCCGCCAUGUCCGCAACCAGAGCUUGCUUUAGGUGUUGAGCCUCACACCGACAUGUCAGCCCUCACUCUGCUCGUCCCCAACGACGUUCCCGGCCUUCAGGUUUGGAACAAACACCACUGGGUCGCCGUCGAUUACCUGGAAAACGCCCUCUUCGUCCAUGUCGGUGAUCAGCUCGAGGUGCUGAGCAAUGGCAAGUACAAGAGUGUUCUGCACAGAAGCUUGGUGAACAAGGAAAGGAUGAGGAUGUCGUGGGCGGUGUUCGUGGCGCCGCCGCAUGAGGCGGUGAUCGGACCUCUUCCGGCACUGGUGAACCAAGAAAACCCACCCAAAUUUUCGACGAAAACUUUUGCAGAGUAUCGACACCGAAAAUUCAAUAAGCUUCCUCAAUGAGAAUCCCAGAGUUCACUCAGUACAACUAGAGUUCUGGCACGGCACGGCACUUUAAUUACUUGCUUCAUUUUAAUUUCUCCCUACAUCUUCUCUCCUACUUUGCUUAUAAAAUGAAGCCCUUUAUUUUUGGCAAAUCUGUGAGGAGACGUAGACAACUCCUGUUUGUGUUUAUUGCCAAGCUACGUGUUAAUUUUUUUUUUUCUUUUUCAGUUUUCUAUGUAAUCCUUGAAAUAUUCAUUUCUCAUUUUCGACGUUCCUUUAUUAUCAAUAAAUGAUAUUAUAAUAUUUAUAA